UUCAUAUAUAGCUGCCUGUUUAACUUUCUUCUCUAUGUUUCAAGCUUGUUGUGCAACCUUUUCACAACUGCAUUAGGAAGGUAAAAAAAAAAAACUUUACACACACACACCUCUGUGUGUGCCCGUCCUAGUCUCUUUCAGCUGUAAGAGCUGGAUCCGUCACUUGUAAAGUGGUUACUCAGGUAGAGGUAAGAGACUAUCACUGCUCGUCGUGUAUAUCACUGUGUAUACAUUGUGUGUGUGCAUAUAUACCUAUAUAUCUAUACCUGCACACACACACAUGUAUAACUAUAUAUGUGGGCGUAUUACAUAAAUGAGUGUGCAGUGUAUAUUGUAUAUGUGUGUAUACACGCGCACACACGUACAUAUAACUUAGUCGACCUGGAGACCAGAUAACGCGUCGUCAAAUGGCUAUUAGCGGAAAAAAUACAUCCCUGUUGAGUAAAAGUGAAGUAGGAGCGAAAUGGAGGAAACGAAAGAACAGUAAAUAAAUAGAUAUAGAUUAAUAAGAAAUAAAAUAAUGAAUAAGUACAAACAACAAGAUAAAAUUAAAGCCAAAAAGAAGAAAAAGAUCGAGAAACUUAAUUUUGUUGUAGUUUGAGUUCAUUACAUCCAGGACAGUCGUUUGCAUUGGAGGACAAAUAUAUAUAUAGAUAGAUACACCCUCACAAGACGAAAGCGGAUUAUUAAAUUACAAGUGAGAAAAUAUCGGAGAAAUUAGGGACCAAGGAACGUAUUUGAAAAGUUUCCUGUGUUUUUGUUGCAAUACUUUGGUUUGCAAAAACGAAAAGAAAGAGGAAUUUUUAUUCAUUUAUCUGUGUUUUCCCGCUGGUUAGUGUCGGUCCGAACUGUUGGAUACAUUCAUUUAUUCUUAUUGUUGUUGUCAAUGUCAUGUGUUCGUGUUCUUUGCAACGUAACGACAGCAGCCGCAGAUCGAAGUAUGCUAACAGGAAGGAUGUUUCGAUAGAAUUGGAGGAUUAUUACCAUUUAAUCGACAUGGAAGUUCAAAAUGCUAAGGAGUUGCCCGAAGACGAUCUCUUCGCGCAGCUCGCCCAAAAGGACCGGGAUCUAAUCCUUGCUGCAGAACUUGGUAAGGCCCUCUUGGAAAAAAAUGAUGAACUUCUGCGAAAGAACGAAACGUUAGUGGAGGAAUAUACAUUAAAAAUCGAUGAGUUGGAGCAGGAACGCCAUGCAUUGCGUUUGAGGCUGGAAUCAUUAGAGGCUGAGUAUGAAAACACUGUGAAGGAACUUCAGGAUGAUGUCAACCAGCUGCGACAGGACUUACAAGGGCAGCAGCAACAGCUGACGGCAGGUGAUAAAGACAAGGUGAAUAUCAUACGGGAGCUGACGCAUCAGAAUGAACGGCUGAGCGACCAAGUGCAACAUGCUGCUGAAACGGAAGGACAACUUGUUUCAGAAAUAGAAGGAUUACGAUCUCAAGUCUCCUUACGGAUGUCAAUGCCUGACCAACUCGAUCAGUUGGAUGCACUUCAUGCUAAGAUAAAUGAACUGACAGAGAAAAAGUGUGAAAUUGAAAGAAAAAUCCAUUUAUUAACAGAAGAAAGGGAUUCUUAUGCUUGUAGCUUGGAAGAAUCUCAAGAGAGAAUUUUGAUGCUAGAGAAGCAGAAACUAGAACAAGAAUUACAUAUCCGUAACCAAGGUCGAGAAAUCUACGAACUUCAGGAGGUGAACCACCAACUCCAGGCCCAGAUCGACAAUUUGUCUCAACGAACAUCAUACGGAAACACAGGUCCACCCAGUCAAACCCUCUUCAAUGAACUAUCGGGUCUUUCAGUCGACAGUGACAAAGAACCAGCUGUCCUAUCGGUGCAGUCGGAAGCAUUGACCAGUUUGACCCCACAAUCAAUGAUGAUGAUGGAUAUGACAUUCGAGGAUGACAUUGAGUGUGAUGACGAAUGUUCUCCGAUUCCUCUGGCAAAUUCCACAAUGUCAACACAUUUUAAUCAGAUCGGAACACACUGCAACCUUUCCGAGGAGUUUCUAAAUGAGAUUGUCGAAGUAUACAACCUCCUCUGUAAAUUAUGUACCAAACUUCGGACACAGAACCAGGCCAAAGCCAUUAGCGAUGGCAGUGACGUGGAUUGUGUUGGCCCAGUCAAAGAGACUUGUAAUUCUAUCAAUGACAUAAAAUCUGGCCAGCUACGAUCGCUCCUACGUGAACUACAACAACUCAUUCACAAUCAAAUAUACUCAGCCAAACAUAAAGAAACUUGGAACCGGUUAUCUCUGAAUGGAGAUAUUAGAAAAAUGAUAAAAUUUUUUGAUAUAAUGGAUGGGAGCAAAGCUGCUGAUGGUGAAUCGCGGAAUGCAGAUGAAGUGAGAAAAGUCACGUUAAUGGCUGAACAGAUCCACGAUUUACAUGUUGAACUGAAUGGUGUUCGGACACAUGUUUCUGGGUUGCAUGCUGAUUUGCAGUUGCGGGAUCAGCAACUGCAGCAAAAAGCCACAGAAGUUUCUGAACGUAACACUAAGAUUGACAGCCAACAAGAAGAGCUGUUUAAACUCCGUGCAUAUUGUGAUAGCUUAGAAGACAAAGCUUUAGGUGAUCUCUCAAGGGAUGAAGUCCUAGAGCAAGCAAGACGAGACAGAAAUGAGGCCAUGGAGAUGAAAGUUCAAAUGGAGAAGGAAUUAUACCAAGCCAAGUCUGAAAUAAUGAGUCUAAACAACCAACUGAUGGCUGCCAUUCAUCAGAAAGUUAUGGUUUCUCAACAGAGAGAUCAGUGGCAGAAUGACAUGGAGGAUCUGAUCGACAUUCAGAUGCGCAAGAGACUGAUCCAAGAGACACGGAACGAAUUGGCAGAAGAACGAAUCAAGGAAAGCAAAGUGAAAAGAACUUCUUCCUUCUUUUCUCGUGUGAAACACUGAACUUUAACCUCGACUAUAAACUCUCUGAUUUCACAAACUGGAGAAUGUGUGGCCUCUUUGACUCUCCAACCAUAUCAUCACCAUAUAUAUAUAUAUAUAUAUAUAUAAGGACUUUACUAUCGUGUCAUUGUGUGUGUGUGUGUGUAUAUAUAUAUAUAUAUACGUACACCUUCAGACAUUCAAAACCCCCCAAGGGGGUGACACUUGAAUUCCUUGUAAUGGACCCUAUUUCAUGUACCUGUUUCACCUUUAUGCACCUGCAUCUUUUUAAGUGGUUCCACUGAC